AUGCUUAUCAAAGUCAAAACACUAACAGGCAAAGAGAUUGAGCUCGAUAUCGAGCCAACAGAUAAGAUUCAACGUAUCAAGGAAAGGGUGGAAGAGAAAGAAGGUAUUCCUCCUGCUCAACAACGUUUAAUCUUCGGUGGAAAGCAAAUGCACGAUGAUAGAACAGCAAAAGAUUUCGGCAUCGAAGGUGGAUCUACUCUCCAUCUUGUCCUUGCAUUGAGAGGCGGUAGCAUUUAA